AAAAGAAAGAGUAACGAAAAUUGUGUUUGCUAAGAGGUGAUUGUAAGGCGCGAGUGUACGUAGAGUCAGCAGUCAGUGAGCUCGCGCCGCCCCGAGCGACCGCACUCGCCAUGCGCACCGAAUGUGUUCUAACCUCAGGAAUUAAGUGAAGUGACUAAAACUACGGAUUUUCUACACACUGGAGCAAAAAGUUCCGGGUUAAACAAUGGCGACCGGGGGGAAGUCCCGGCGGGAGGAGAGCGACAACUCCGACGACGAGCUGCUGCCGCUCGCCAACGACAUAUAUGGCGGCAGUCAAAGAACAGUACAAGAAACGAAAGGAUGGGACGUGUUCAGAGAAUUUCCACCGAAGCAGGACAGUGGGUCCAUGGAAACGCAGAAAUGUUUAGAAUUUACGGUUAGAUUAUUUAAAGUACUGGCGUACGCAGUUACCUUCAUUGUAGUACUCGCAUCUGGAGUCAUAGCCAAGGGUGCAGUACUCUUUAUGACGUCACAGCUCAAAAAAGACAAAAGGCUAGCAUAUUGUAAUAGGAAUUUAGGUAGAGAUAAACAAUUUGUAGUAACACUGCCAGACGAAGAGCGGGUAGCGUGGAUGUGGGUUCUUUUAGCUGCAUUUGCGAUCCCCGAAAUGGGAACUUUGAUCCGAUCCGUGCGAAUAUGUUUCUUCAAAUCGUCUAAAAGGCCGUCUAUGGUUCAAUUUGUAGUGGUUUUUAUAUCAGAAUCAUUACACACUAUAGGACUUGCACUAUUAUUCUUCAAAGUCCUUCCCGAACUGGACGUGGUCAAAGGUGCGAUGAUAACGAACUGUCUCUGCAUUGUGCCGGCUAUAUUAGGCCUGCUGUCGCGAAACUCUCGCGACUCAAAAAGGUUUAUCAAAGUUAUCGUGGACAUGGUUGCCAUUGUCGCUCAAGUCACCGGAUUUAUAGUGUGGCCUCUUUCGGAGAAUAAGCCUGUUUUAUGGCUAAUACCCAUUUCCUCUUUAUGCAUCUCCAUAGGAUGGUGGGAAAAUUAUGUGACGCGUCGGAGUCCUAUUGGUUUAAUCAAAUCAUUGGCUCGGCUGAAAGAAGAACUAAAUGUCUGCCGUUACAACAUCUAUAGAGUUAUGUCAGUGUGGAAAAUCAUCUUGUUUCUAGUCUGUAUUUUGUUUAGUAUUUGGGUGGAUGGUGAUGAUCCAGCCAUGUUUUUCCAACUGUUCAAUCCUGGUUUCGGACCCCAUAACAUUGUCGUUGAAGAAGUCCAAAUUCAACUCGGUGGAACUCUAAUUCCUGACCUCGCCAAUGCAACUUUGACCGGAGACUCUGUUGAAGUAGCAUCAGUAUACAAAUCGGCAACUUACGUGUUACUAAUCCAAGUUUUUGCAGCUUACUUAUGUUACAUAUUCGGAAAGUUCGCUUGCAAAAUUCUCAUUCAAGGCUUCAGUUACGCUUUCCCCAUUAAUUUGGUAAUACCUUUGGUAGUUAACUUUUUGAUAGCUGCGUGUGGAUUAAGAAAUGGCGACACUUGUAUAUUCCAUGGAACCAUUCCGGAUUACUUAUUCUUUGAAAGUCCUUCAGUGUUCACGUUAAGCGACUUUAUAACCCGUCAAAUGGCAUGGAUCUGGUUGCUUUGGCUACUUUCGCAAACAUGGAUUACCAUCCACAUAUGGAUUCCCAAGGCCGAACGUUUGGCUUCCACCGAAAAAUUAUUCAUUUUACCCAUGUACAACGGACUUCUGAUUGAUCAAAGCAUGGCACUUAACCGCAAGAGAGACGAUCAAAAAGAUGUCAAAACUGAGGAUCUUGCAGAAAUAGAAAAAGAAAAGGGCGAUGAGUAUUACGAAACGAUCUCUGUUCAUACUGACAACACUGGUACUUCUCCCAAAGCUAUAAAGUCUUCGGAUCAGAUCACCAGAAUAUACGCUUGCGCUACUAUGUGGCACGAGACUAAAGACGAGAUGAUGGAGUUCUUGAAAUCUAUUUUACGCCUGGACGAAGAUCAGUGCGCACGGCGAGUGGCUCAAAAGUAUUUACGGGUUGUUGAUCCUGAUUACUACGAAUUCGAAACGCACAUAUUCUUGGACGACGCUUUUGAAAUAUCCGACCACAGCGACGACGAUUCUCAGGUGAACCGCUUCGUGAAACUUCUUGUGGAUACUAUCGACGAGGCCGCUUCCGAGGUCCAUCAGACCAUCAUUCGUGUGAGGCCACCGAAGAAAUUCCCAGCACCAUACGGAGGAAGAUUGACAUGGGUGCUGCCAGGAAAAACUAAAAUGAUCUGUCACUUGAAGGAUAAGGCAAAGAUUCGUCACAGAAAACGAUGGUCUCAGGUGAUGUACAUGUACUACCUUCUGGGUCACCGUCUCAUGGAGCUACCGAUAUCAGUGGACCGAAAGGAGGUGAUGGCUGAAAACACGUUCCUACUAACCCUCGACGGAGACAUUGAUUUCCAACCGCACGCUGUCAGACUGCUUAUUGACUUGAUGAAGAAAAACAAGAACUUAGGUGCCGCUUGUGGACGUAUUCACCCCGUUGGUUCAGGGCCCAUGGUGUGGUAUCAAAUGUUCGAAUACGCUAUUGGUCAUUGGCUGCAAAAGGCUACCGAACACAUGAUUGGCUGCGUACUUUGUAGUCCUGGAUGCUUCUCUCUCUUUAGAGGAAAGGCUUUGAUGGACGACAACGUUAUGAAGAAAUAUACUCUACGAUCAGACGAAGCUAGGCAUUAUGUACAGUACGAUCAAGGUGAAGAUCGAUGGCUUUGUACUUUGCUACUGCAGCGUGGUUACCGAGUAGAAUAUUCAGCUGCCUCCGAUGCCUACACCCAUUGCCCCGAAGGUUUCAACGAGUUUUACAAUCAACGUCGUCGUUGGGUACCCUCUACCAUCGCUAACAUUAUGGACUUGCUCGCUGAUUACAAACACACCAUCAAAAUCAACGAUAAUAUCUCCUCGCCUUACAUCGCUUAUCAGAUGAUGUUGAUGGGAGGUACUAUCUUGGGACCUGGUACUAUAUUCCUUAUGUUGGUGGGUGCUUUCGUGGCCGCCUUCAGAAUCGACAAUUGGACCUCUUUCGAAUACAACUUGUACCCUAUCGCGCUGUUUAUGUUCGUUUGUUUUACGAUGAAAUCAGAAUAUCAGUUAUUGGUGGCACAAAUAUUAUCAACGGCGUACGCUAUGAUAAUGAUGGCUGUAAUCGUCGGUACUGCCCUCCAAUUGGGCGAGGACGGUAUAGGUUCACCGUCUGCUAUAUUCUUGAUAUCACUAUCAGGCUCCUUCUUUAUAGCAGCAUGUCUCCAUCCGCAAGAGUUUUGGUGUAUAGUACCGGGUAUUAUUUAUCUGCUGUCGAUCCCAUCUAUGUACUUGCUGUUGAUUUUGUAUUCUAUCAUCAACUUGAACGUCGUAUCUUGGGGUACGAGAGAAGUGCAAACUAAGAAAACGAAAAAGGAAAUUGAACAAGAGAAAAAGGACGCAGAGGAGGCAAAGAAAAAGGCGAAGCAGAGUUCCUUGUUAGGUUUCCUACAAGGAGUAAAUAGUAAUGAAGAAGAAGGAUCAAUCGAGUUUUCUUUUGCUGGCUUGUUCAAGUGUUUAUUAUGCACACAUCCUAAAGGAAACGAAGAAAAAGUACAACUUUUACACAUCGCGACAACAUUGAAUAAAUUGGAGAAGAAAAUUGAUAACAUGGAAAAGAUCGUCGAUCCACAUGCUCAAACACGAGGAAGAAAAUUAUCAUUGGGAUUAAGAGGAAGUACCAAUGGAGAUGCUCUGAAUACCGUAGCGGAGGGUGAAGAGGACGAUCAUGAUUCUGAAUCUGAGACUGAUACUCUAUCUACAUCACCUAGAGAAAAAAGAGACGAUCUUAUUAACCCUUACUGGAUAGAGGACCCCGAUUUAAAGAAGGGAGAAGUUGACUUUUUAACCCCAGCGGAAUUAUCAUUCUGGAAAGAUUUAAUCGAUAAAUAUUUAUAUCCUAUCGACGCAAACAAGGAAGAACAGGCACGUAUUUCCAGGGAUUUGAAAGAACUGAGAGAUUCUUCCGUUUUUUCAUUCUUUAUGAUCAAUGCACUUUUUGUCCUUAUUGUGUUUUUGCUACAAUUAAAUAAAGACAACCUUCACAUUAAGUGGCCUUUCGGAGUAAAAACUAACAUAACUUAUGACGAGGUUUCGCAAGAGGUCCUUGUAUCGAAAGAAUAUCUACAAUUGGAACCUAUCGGUUUAGUUUUUGUAUUCUUCUUCGCCUUGAUUCUGGUAAUCCAGUUCACUGCGAUGAUGUUCCAUAGAUUUGGAACCCUUUCGCACAUAUUAGCAUCAACAGAACUGAACUGGUUCUGUCCCAAGAAGUCCGAUGACUUAUCUCAAGAUGCUCUACUCGAUAAGAAUGCAAUAGCAAUAGUAAAGGAUCUGCAAAAACUGAAUGGGUUGGAUGACGAUUAUGAUAACGAUUCAGGAUCUGGUCCACAAAAUGUAGGGCGCAGGAAAACUAUACAUAACCUGGAGAAGGCCAGGCAAAAGAAGAGGAAUAUCGGAACUCUUGACGUGGCAUUCAAGAAACGUUUCUUCAAUAUGAAUGCCAACGAUGGCCCAGGAACUCCAGUUCUGAAUCGGAAGAUGACUUUGAGAAGAGAGACCCUGAAAGCUUUGGAGACCAGGAGGAAUUCCGUGAUGGCUGAACGAAGGAAAUCGCAGAUGCAGACACUCGGUGCUAACAAUGAAUAUGGCGUUACGGGAAUGUUAAAUAACAAUCACGGCGUAGUUCCGAGGCACCGCACUUCUACCGCCAACAUUUCAGUCAAAGAUGUGUUCGCUGAGCCCAACGGGGGAAUGGUCAACAGGGCAUAUGAAGCCUCACUAGGGGACGAAGACGACAGCAACUCUAUGAGAUUACAACCACGAACAAACCAAGUCUCAUUCCAGAGAUUCUAAUGAAACAUGAUUGUUGCCAAAAUUAUGAGACAGCUAGUUAUAAGCAACUGUAGAUACUCAUUUUGAUAAGUAGGUACUUAGUUAAUAUUGUAAAAUUUACCUUGACAAUUUCCUAAAGAAUUAGGUAUGUACUUGUGAUAUUUUUAACUUUCUUGAGAAGCUACAAGUAUUCAUAAGCAUAAGCUUUUCUGUGUAUUUAUUUAUUUUGAAUACGAAUUUACACUGCCAUUAAUAAUGACUUACUUUUUAAUUUUAAGAU